GCCGCCCGCGCGCCCGGGCGCAGGUUUGGAUUUUGGRAAAAAAAGUCUUCUGGCAGAGACCUGGAGCUUGCUAGUGUGAUGUAGACCAUCUCCUGCCACCCUGCCUCAGUGACUUUCGCUGGGAGUGGAGUGGCAGGUCCAGCUGGCCAGCCUCAGCAUUCAUCGAUGUCACCCGUGGCAGGCUGCGAGGAACAGUGGCGGCCAUGCCCUCCUCGGCCCCAGCGGCUCCUUCUCCCCCACACUAAUCUGCAUGGUGUGGGUGCCCCUGGGACCCCAGAGGACUGAACGUCUGAUCUGGCUUCACACCCCCAGUAACAAGUCCCCCAAGAUGUCGCUCGAGUGGCUGGUAGCCUGGGGUUGGUCACUGGACGGCCUCAGGGACUGCGUGGCCACCGGCAUCCAGUCGGUGCGGGACUGCGACAGCACGGCCGUGGUCACCGUGGCCUGCCUGCUGGUCCUGUUCGUGUGGUACUGUUACCACGUGGGCAGGGAGCAGCCGCGGCCCUACGUGUCGGUGAACGCGCUCAUGCAGGGCGCCGAGGCGCACGGGCUGCAGAAUGGCUUCGCCUACUGCCAGGCGCCCGAGUGCGUGCGCUGCACCCACGAGGGCCUCAACCAGAAGCUCUACCACAACCUGCAGGAGUACGCCAAGCGCUACUCGUGGUCCGGCAUGGGCCGCAUCCACAAGGGCAUCCGCGAGCAGGGCCGCUACCUCAGCAGCCGGCCCUCCAUCCAGAAGCCCGAGGUCUUCUUCCUGCCCGACCUGCCCACCUCGCCCUACUUCUCCCGGGAMGCGCAGAAGCACGACGUGGAGCUGCUCGAGCGGAACUUCCAGACCGUCCUGUGCGAGUUCGAGGCCCUCUACAAGGCCUUCUCGAACUGCAGCCUCCCGCAGGGCUGGAAGCUCAACAGCACCCCCAGCGGGGAGUGGCUCACCUUUUACUUGGUCAAUCAGGGGGUUUGCGUCCCCAGGAACUGCAGGAAGUGCCCACGGACGUACCGCUUGCUCGGAAGCCUUCGGACCUGUAUUGGGAACAAUGUUUUUGGAAAUGCGUGCAUCUCCGUGCUGAGCCCCGGGACUGUGAUCACGGAGCACUACGGGCCCACGAACAUCCGCAUCCGGUGCCACUUAGGGCUCAAGACUCCGAGCAGCUGUGAGCUGGUGGUGGGGGGCGAGCCCCAGUGCUGGGCCGAGGGCCGCUGCCUGCUCUUCGACGACUCCUUCCURCACACCGCGUUCCACGAAGGGUCGGCAGAGGAUGGCCCCCGGGUGGUCUUCAUGGUGGACUUAUGGCAUCCGAACGUGGCAGCAGCCGAGCGGCAGGCCCUUGACUUCAUCUUCGCUCCUGGGCGAUGAGGACACCUCCCCGCUGGAGCGGCCAGGGGGGCUGGGGCACACCUGAGCGGA